AUGCGUAGCAGAGAUGGUGAGCUGGGUGCUGUGUGCCAUGUGGCCAGUGCGGUGCACACAUGUAGCAACUGUGCUGCCAGCUGUGCAACGAAAGAGGAAUGGGCCACCGUUGCCUUCACGAUGAAUGUGACGACACAUAAAUACGCCGGCCCUUACGAAUUGUGGUGGCGUCAAUUUUCCCCCGAUGGAGCCAUCCAUCCGCCUGCACGGAGCAGCGAUGCUGACCGGACGGGCAUCCGUCAGUUGCCGCCACCCCGUGAAGGGAAGGAUGACACAAAAUCUGGUGGGACAACUGCGCCGCAAGUUAAUGCUGAGCCGUCACGUCAACACGAGGAUUGGCGAUAG